UCAAGCAACCUCGCGAGAUUUUUUUUAGCAACGGGAAUUUCAAAGGAUCCUGCCGCAGGUUGUGUAGUCGACCUAAAAUAAAGAUAACUUUAGACGACUUAAGCCACAAAGUAUAUUUGUCUUUUAUUUUUCUGACGUCUGAUUUAUAAAGAUGUCAGAUGAUAUGAUGAAACAGCUGGCCAGCUAUAAGGCCCAGCUGCAGCAGGUUGAAGCGGCUCUGUCAACAGAUCCUGAGAACGAGGACCUGCUUAAACUACAGAAAGACUUACAGGAAGUCCUUGAAUUAACCAAGGACCUCCUGUCGAGUCAGCCAACUGUGGCCCCCACUAGUUCUGAAAGCUCAGCCACGACCUCCCAGAGCCAUUCAUGGAAAGCAGGGGACAGCUGCAUGGCUGUUUGGAACGUGGAUGGACAGUUGUACAAGGCCGAGAUCGAGGAGAUAGACGAGGAGAACGGCACGGCGGCCAUCACGUUCCUGGGCUACGGAAACGCGGAGGUCGUCCCGCUGCACGGCCUCAAGCCCGCCGAGCAGGGCGCCGCAUCGGAGGAGUCCAAAUCCAGGAGGGAGCAGAUAGCGGAGCAGAGGGAGUACAAGAAGAAGAAGGCCCAGAAGAAGGUCCAGCGGAUGAAGGAGCUGGAGCAGGAGAGGGAGGUGCAGAAGUGCAAGUGGCAGCAGUUCAACAACAAGGCCUACUCCAAGAACAAAAAAGGACAGGUGAAGAAGAGCAUAUUCGCCUCGCCCGAGAGCGUGAACGGCAAGGUCGGGGUGGGGACGUGCGGAAUAGCCGACAAGCCGAUGACCCAGUACCAGGACUCGUCCAAAUACAACGUGCGGCACCUCAUGCCGCAGUGAGCGGGACAGACGGACGGGCGGGCGCAGCGCCACGGGCCGCGUGCGGCGCUGCCACGGAAACGCGCCCGGCCCAAGCCUGCGGGUCGAUUUAACCUGAAUGGAAUUCCGCUGGGACGCCAGAACCACUGCAGUCUGAUCUCAGAUCAGUGUUUUUAAGGGAAGCUUCCAUGCCCCCUACAGGGUCAAGGUUAAAGCAAUGCGCAGACACACACACAUACAUAUUUAAUUUUUUUCCCCUCCAUAGUAUUGGGACUGCCUUGGUGACCUCAUUAAAAAAAAAAAAAAUUGUUGCCCCAAUAAGCACCUCUAUUCUAGCAGUGCAGUUUCCCCGACCACAUGUUAACUUGAUCCGCGUGCUGGUUGAAAUUCAACCUGCAGAACUGGUCUCUGAAGAGGAGCACACAAAAAAACGAAAAGCGGUGGCCAUUUCUGGAGAAGAGGAUGAGACUGGAAUAGAGAUGCAUGGAGGUUUUAGUUGUUUUGUUUUUUUUGUUCCCAUUUGAUUUAUGUGUGUAGUACUGUAGUGAAGGUUGGCCUAAAAAAGCAGUAGUCUCUUGUAGUCUCAAACUAAAUAUUUAGUUUAAGGAGGAUAUUUUAUGUUGUAGAAACUGGAAUGUCAAUUUUGUAGGACAUGUUUUUCAUUAUUUUCCUUUUUGUUUCUGUACAAAGUAAAAUGCAAUGAGACUUGUUCAAGUCAACAAAUAUUAAUAGUAUUCAUAUUUUCGGAGGACUGUGCUUUUUACUAAAUUAUGCCAGGUCUUCAGUUUUGUACAUUUACCUUUUAUGAAAUAAAUGUAAAAAUGCAUCUGUUUUUCUACAUAAAAUGAAUACAUUGCAAUAAUUCAGUGCAUCAGCAUAAUGGGAUUUGUAGUCUACAUACAUUAUCUCAUAGGAAACAAAUGUAGUUUCUGUCUGCAACUUCAUAAAACCAGUCUGUGACUGGCUUCACGGCAUUAACCGAACAGUUAAGCAUAUGGCAUAAGCAUUUCAGGCAAGAAUAGUGCACCAAAUGCAAGAGCUAUGGCUGUAAAUGCCUUAAUACACUGUUAUUACCCUUAUUACACCUGGUCUCAGUUCAGACCUACCCCAGUGUACAUGAAUCUAAUUUUGUGAGAGAAUUGUGAGAGUGUAUGCACCACUAGGUGGCGGCAUUCUCUCCACCAGACAUUGGGGACUCUUAAGGGGAUAGUUCACUUUCUGGUAUUUUUUCAAAAUAUUCCAGAUUUAUUGUUUGUUUAUGAUCGGUUACGUUUGUCUGGAUAUUUACAUAUUUCAGUUUCUGAUGAACUGCCACUUUACAGUGGCAAGUAUAGGAAAUUCAGGGGUUUUACAGUAACCCCCAGGGGUUUUAUGUAUAUGUAUUACCCAGUUAUUAAAAAAAUGAUGGGUAAUAUUUCCAGUUGGAGCUACGUCCUAUAGUACAUGCAACCUGAGGCUGCUGUACUCAAGGAAAUAAGUACAGCACAAUAUUUAAAAAAAGGACUUUACUAUAAAAAUAAUCUGUUCAUAUGUACAGCCUCAUAAACAUAAAAUCACUGUACAAAAACCCUAAUGUCAUUCCGUGGAAUAUUUGGGUGCUCCUGUGGAAAUUUUCAUAAAACAUGGCGUUAUGCACAUUUGUAUAACAUUGUCAACACAAUUUUACUGUAUAUACAGUUUAGUUUUGUGGUUUAACACCUUUAUUCGUAAAAUAAAGGAAGACUUCCAUGCAAUUAUCAUUUUUGAUCAGAAUCCAUUUAGGGUGAUUUUAUGCUGAGACAACACUGGUGUGCACAAAAUGGAAAAAUAUUAUUUCCUAUGUCAGUUGCAUCGUGAUACUUGUCUGGUCAUAUUUUAAAAUCUAAUUUCACACUCAUUUCUAGAGUGGACUGGCACCAUUACCCAGUGAGUAAUGAUAGAAGGUUAAGUAUUUGUGACCCAAAAAUGGGGGCUUGUGUGCUAUUAAACCCCUAAUUUUGUGGGGUUUACUACAAGAAAGGAUUGCCUAUUGAUUGGUUCAUGUACCUGAAUGACAAUACAUGCUAGUUCCUCCCAUUAUGUGUGAUGAGUUUCAUAAACUUGCUUCUUGACAGACAUGAUCAGUGUAAGUAACGCUACUUUCCGUUUUGACACCAACAAUUUUCCGUGCUGUAGUUCAAAUGUAACUAAACUGCCUGUUUUGGAAUGAUCAUGACAGAAUUAUAGUUUCUCCAAAUAUGCAUAUGCAAUGCAUUUUACGUGUGGGGCGAACAUGGUGAAACCGAUAUAACCAGUGGUUCUGGAAGCUUCCAUGAAUUCAGCAAUGCUUCUACAUAAACGAAGGGUUCGUGAGUUAAGUUUUUUUGCCGUUUGGUGUCUUGGUGUUUUGUUAAGCGCUACCAUUUCAACUUAUAGGCUAAACCAGGAUGUGUGUUUACAAAGGACUGCCACAAGCUCUGCAGGAAGUCGGGUGGAAAAGCUUUAUUCGUCGACCCAUUCUCCCUUGCCAGUGUCUUUUAAAACCAAUAUCUACACGAAAUAAUAACGUCGCCGGUCCUCCGCAAUCGCACGGCACGAUGGGCCCCAGGACACAGACCGAACACAUCGAUGUGGAAUUGGAAACACUGCUUCUUAAAUGUGGAUCUUUUCAUAGUGCACUUAUACGAGAGAAAGAAAAAAAAAAA